AUGAAAUACAAUUCUAUUUUAAGCGCCUUAGCACUUCUUGCUUUGGCUCAGGCUUUUAAGGUCACAAUUGAUGACGUGCCACUUGUUGUUAGAGAAGGACUAGUCACUGUUGGUGACGAAGAUGCUGAAGGUGCUGAUUUUGAUGUUGUAGAUGGUGUUUUACAACUAGCUGAUGGUACACCAGUUGGUACUACUAAUGACGACACUUCUUUAAGAAUCUUAGGUGAAGAUGUUGACAUUGGUACUUGGUCUGUCGAUGGGGAUACUUUACUGUAUGACCUUAAGUUAUAUGUCUGUGAAGGUUGGGUUGUUACCACUCUGGAGGAAGAAGGUUGUCAACCAGCUUUAUUGAAAGUUGAAGAUCCAGAAGAUCCAGAAGAACCUGAAGAACCUGAACCAGAAGAACCUGAACCAGAAGAACCUGAACCAGAAGAACCUGAACCAGAAGAACCUGAACCAGAAGAACCUGAACCAGAAGAACCUGAACCAGAAGAACCUGAACCAGAAGAACCUGAACCAGAAGAACCUGAACCUGAAGAACCUGAACCUGAAGAACCUGAACCUGAAGAUCCAGAAGAUCCUGAAGAACCUGAACAUGAAGAACCUGAACCUGAAGACCCAGAAGAUCCAGAAGACCCAGAAGAUCCAGAAGACCCAGAAGAUCCAGAAGAUCCAGAGGACCCAGAGGACCCAGAAGACCCUGAAGAUCCUGAGGACCCAGAACCUACCGACGAGCCAGAGGACCCAGAAGAACCUGAACCCACUGAUGAACCAGAAGUCACCGAAGGACAACAGAAGCUCACCACAGUAACCAGUACUAUAAUGGUCACAGUCACUGACUGCGAUGAAGAAUACGUUUGUACCAGUUACACUACUGAAUACGUUACUUUCUACACUACCGUUUGUGAAGAGGAACCCGAACCCACGCCAUGUACUGAUGAAGAAUGUGAGCCUGAGAAGCCAAAGAAGCCUGAACACAAACGUCCAGACAAACCUUGUCCACAUGGCAAAUGUCCAGAACCAGCUCCAGAACCACAUCCAGAACCAGAACCAGUUUGUCCACAUGGCAAAUGUCCAGAACCAGCUCCAGAACCACAUCCAGAACCAGAACCAGUUUGUCCACAUGGCAAAUGUCCAGAACCAGCUCCAGAACCACAUCCAGAACCAGAACCAGUUUGUCCACAUGGCAAAUGUCCAGAACCAGCUCCAGAACCACAUCCAGAACCAGAACCAGUUUGUCCACAUGGCAAAUGUCCAGAACCAGCUCCAGAACCACAUCCAGAACCAGAACCAGUUUGUCCACAUGGCAAAUGUCCAGAACCAGCUCCAGAACCAGAACCAGUUUGUCCACAUGGAAAAUGUCCAGAACCAGCUCCAGAACCAGCUCCAGAACCAGAACCAGUUUGUCCACAUGGCAAAUGUCCAGAACCAGCUCCAGCUCCAGCACCUGCACCAGCACCUGCACCAGCGCCAGCUCCAGCUCCAGAACCUGCUCCAGCACCUGCUCCAGAACCUGCUCCAGCACAACCACAAGAAUUUCUCGGUGCUGGUUCAAUCAACUUGUUAAACGGAGUUGUUGUUUCGGCCGCUGUUUUGAUUCCAGCUAUUCUUUUCUUAUAA